ACAGGCUGAAACAAAAGGAUUGCUUCAACGUCGACGUUAGAACGAGCCACCCGAGAGAAAUUAUUAUUUUCUUAACGUCCAAAUAAGAAUUUCCUCGAGGCUCGCCGCGUUAUUUACGUUUAAACGACGAGAGACGCAGAAAGAUCGAAACUUUUGCUCCCGCUCGAUAGCAUCACGCCCCCGUAUUUCGUAUCGACGUCGUACGAAGGUGGGUACCUUCUAUCUUCGUACUCUCGCGUUGAAUUUGUAACGAAGAAGACGCGCUGGUAACUUUAUUCCGGCACUCUCCGAGAUUGGAUCUCGCCCGUGCUCGAGGAUACUCUUGGCCCGUUACACGUACGUACGUUACGGCUUAUCUCUUCUCCGAUCGAAAGAACGAACCGAUCGAUUCGCUUUCGAUCGGUCGUUUUGUUUAGUCGGGUCGAGCUCGAGGAUGGCGAUCGUCGAUUCGGGCGACUAGGUGUUACCGAGAGUGAUCGGCAAUGGAACACGAUUAAGCUAAUAGCCCGUUGGAGAGCGUGCGCGUGGCUGCGUCGCCAAGAGAAUUCGCGUUUUGUUCGAUCGAUGUAAUCCGCGGUUCGGCUUUUCACAGGAUGCCAGACGAACGGAGAAACGCGCGUUCUCGACGAUCGAGUUGCUUUGGCUUCGGCCAUCGUACUCCUACGCUCGCUUCGCGUCGCGUCGUUGAGAGGCUUCGCAGGCUCGUAAGAUCGAGGCUUCCUUCCCGUCGACGAGGAUACGAGAACUUCGAUCGCUCGUGUCGGCCGACUUUCGACCGAACGAAAGAUCUCGCUCGGAAGGGGCGAUCGAUUUAUCGGAGACCGUUCGAGGAAACAAAGCCAGAGCCACGGGUAGGACGUCCUCGGCGCAGCUCUGUAACUCGGGUUGGGAGAACUACGCUGGUCACGAAUCGAGGACGCGGUUCGAACGGACAGCGCACAAUGCCAUUUCUAAUCAACGGGCUAAUUCUGACUCCUAAUUAGAAGUAGGCUUUGUUAAUCGGCCGCUGGCCGUUCCAUCGAAUCGAUCGUUCCUAGCUACGACCGUCUUUCCGAUUUCAACGGUCGAUCGAUAGAUCCUAACCAACCGUAACGUUCGCUCGAGCGUCCUACCAAGCACUCUGGGAGUGAACCAAGUACACGAUUAAACGAUUAUAACGAGCGUAGUUACUCUCGAUCGCACGGUCGAGCGCGUCUUUUACGAUAAAUCUUGAAAAUUCCGAGCACCUCGAACUAUUCUUACGGAAUAUUUCUCGAAAGAUGUACUAGAAAUAGGUGAUAAAUCGUAGGUGUCGGUCUCGUUGAAUUACGAGAGAUAUGAAUCGCCGUAGACGGAACGUUCGCGUUUCGAGAGAGACGAGGCUCGUCGAGUUUGACCAAUGGCCGAUGUCCACCACUCGCGAGUUCGUUCGAACGGCAAGGAGUUGCUUCGUCACGUUUUAUUCGUCUAUCCGAUAUUUGCGUUAUCUCUCUUUGUGGAACUUGGUAGGAAUAGAAUGGCGAACAAAGGCUCGACAACGUACUCCGUGCCGCGGGAAGUCUACGCGACGAAGAUUUCGGAGUGGAUAGGUUCUUUUGUGUCGAGAGUCGUAGCGGUUUACGCGACUUUGACGCGUCGCCGAGGGCGUGCGAAUGUGGAAGACGAAACUCACAGAAGGGAGGGAGAAAGAGAGAGAAAGUCGCAUUUUCGGAAAAGACAAAUUCCGACGGGCGUAGUCGGUGGCGUGUUCGAGAAUCGUCGUUACCGCCGUAAGUCAUGUCUCGCCUUCGUGUUGUCUCUGGGUUAUUUGCUUCUUCUCGAUUCGCUUUCUCUCUCUCUCUCUCCCUCUCGUGCCGCGCGACUCGAGGAACAACAGGAUACGAGAAACGUCCGAGCGAAGGAUUUUUAUUGCUCGCCGCGGGCUUCUCGUCGUCGCUCGCGACUAAACGUAUCGAUCGUGCUUCGUAGUAUUUGGAAAAAAGCUACGCGUCUGUACGUACGUACGUACGUAUAUAUUCCUAUCCUUCGUAUCCACGUACGCGUAUGUACUGCGAGUUGACCGACUCGAAUCGACUAUUUGUAAAGGCUCGAAAUGCGAAGGCUAUAAAAGUAUAAAAAUGAAAUAUCGCGCGUAUAGGCGAGUCCGAUGGAGAAAUGGAAGCUGCGCGUUAUCGUUGUUGGCCCGACCGAUUAAUCGAAGCCAAUUCGAAAUGGACGACGGAAUGGAAUAUUUCUGUUCGACUCGUAGUACAUUUCGGUGCAUUGCCGUUUCAUCUCGAAACCCUACGAACGAUGUUCUACGACGAGUUUCCCCGGAAAAUAUUCGCGCGUGUACGGGACGCUUGACGUAUACGUACGCACGUACGAGGGAGAAUGGCGUUCGCGCGGGUUUUCGUCGUUACCUUAAAGGUUUUAUAGAAUUUACAGUGCGCGCUCGCCGGCUUUUGAAAUUCGUCGCGAGACACGAGGAGAAAGAGAAUGACUCGGACGCGGUACACCGUCCGUUUCCUUCUACGAAAGUGUACACAUUGACUUUUUCUCUUAUCUUUCGCACAAAGCGACGCUCGUUAUUUACGUUCGUUCGAACGGUAUCAACGGUACGUUUCUUUCUUUCGCUGGAAACGUUUCGUCCCAAGCGAUCGCGGUGUACGCAACGUCGCGCGAGACCAACCAGCUGGAGAAACACCGGCAAAACUUUUCAACUCGAAUCCCUUUCCGCUUCGUAAGCGCGGACGCGAUUAUUACGUCGGAUUUGUCGCGUACAACGGAACGAACGAAUUUUCGAAUUCGUAUCGUACGAACGUUGAACCGUCGCGUUUCCGAUGCGAUCUGGGAUACGUUACGAUAAUGGGAUAAUACGGUCGUCGCGCGACACAAAAGUAGUUCGAACGAAAGGGAAGGAAGCUCGCGUAAAGCUUUGUCGUCGUUUCUGUUUUUGUUUUGGUUUCCUAGCAGCGAACAACUGGAAAUGGUAAUGUUUGUUUUGGCGCAAUCGCCGUGACGCGUGCUAUUCGCAGGAAGGGAGGAGGACGACGAGGACGUCGACGAACGCGCUCCUCGGCGUAGCUUUUCAACGCGCGUAGACAGCCCGCUCGAGGAAGAAUGGUCGGUGAGAGCGAAUAUCCUUUUCAAUAGGGCCGACGAGUGCCCACAGGCCUCUCUCUUUCUCCGUUUCUCCUUCUCGUUCGCCGUCCCUUGCUCUUUUUUACCUUUUACUUCGUCCUCCAUCUCCGCGAUGCUCGCGAGAUUUUUUCUCUAUACCCUUCCCCUCUUCUUGCCGUCUUUACCGUCGACGAGAACCAUCUACGACGUAUCGUUCCGCGCUCGGCAUGUGGGUCACGAGAGAUACGCCCGUGUAACGAAAAAAAGAACGAUCGUUGCGGAGGAAGAGCGAGGUAGUCCGUAGGAAGAGGACUACGCGUAAGAAAACGAGACGAAAAAGCACGCGCGUUUUUUUUUUACACGAUAAUUCUCGACGCGUAAGCGCGUUCGCAGCGGAUAGAGUUUAAAGACGUUGUAGACUUUUAAUGCGCCGAAUAAUGCCUGCGUUACGCUCAUCCGCAAGAGAUUAUCUCUCGGAACUCGUUCCGAAGGAAGAUUACGUUUGUAGCCGGUUGCCAUCUCCCGUCCUAUUCUCCCGUGCGUACGAUAAAAUUGAUAAAAUAACUGAGAAAAGGCGAGUGAAAUCUCGAGGCUUACCGCGUAAUCGCCUUUACCUUUUAAAUAUUCCAAGUUCGAUGCUUUCAUGUACUCUUUAGAUCUCCGCUAUAAUCUCGCGCGUGCACUUUGUUAAUAUUAUCGGACGAUGAUAAUACUCGAGGCGACGUUAACUUCGAGGACGUAAGUGCGAAUAAAAAAUCUGCGAGUUCGGAUACAUCGAUAAUCGUCAACGGCGCAACGGCGUCGGUAAGAAACGGCCCGAGAGAUACCGACGGAGCGAAGAAAGCGAGCGAGCGAGCGAGCGAGCGAGAGAGGGAGAGACGCGGAGAGCUGGAUACUACGCGUUUCAAGUUGUACUUUAAAACUUGAGAUCGAAGCAUCGUUUCUCAUUUAUUCGCGCCACGCGAGAACAAAGGCGCAAAGCCAGCGGGCAAAUUCGAUCCAACGCAUUUGUACCGCCGGAUUCCGGAUUCCAGAGGGAUCGCAAUUUUUUCGUUAAAUUCUAUUUUCGUCCCGGUGGUUUUUUCUUGGCAAAUGGCUUACGACCCGUCGUCGUUGGAGCGUCCGAUUUUCCGAGCGACGGCUAAACGAUGGCAACGGGAAAUAAUCGCGAUAAGAUCACGAGUAACACGGACGAGGAAGGAAUACCUUACGACGAUCCACGCUUCGUCGAAAUUCUGGAAGCUUGCCUGCACGUGGAAAUUGCCGCCUAUAAAGAAUCAUACGGCAAAACUCAGGCUGAAAUAAGGAAGAUAAAAAGAAACGUUCUAAUGAAGCUCGAGAAGAGAAAGGAGCUUAAGAAGAAGAUAGAAGAUGCGGAAGACGUAAUAUCGAUGUCGAACGUCACUUUAAAAAGGUUGCGGGAAGAGGUGAGAGGAACGAAGCAAAGGAUCGAAAUGAUCGAAGCGAACGCGGACGAUCGUUCGAAAUUAAUGUCGUACGAGAUGCAACGAUAUCGAGAGAUUCUAGGCGAAUACCGGAGAACUUGGCAAUCCUAUCAGGCCGAAUACGAGAAUUUUCCGUUGGCUAAGAAACGAAAGGAAACGGAGAUCGACUUGAAGAAGGUUUCCAUCGAGAAGAUGGUGCUGGAGUUUAAGCUUAACGAGCUGGAGAAAAAAUUCGAGCGGAAGAGAGAGAUCGAUGAGAUAAGGACGAGAUUAAAAAUAAUAGAAUUAGCCAAAGCGAUGGUGUGUAACGAGAAAUUGGAGCGAAAAUUGGUCGACCUGAGGAGCGAAAUCGACUGUUGCAAGCGGCAACUACAUUCGAGGGAACUAGAGUUAAAAUCGUUGCAAAGACAAGAAGAGGAGGAUAGGAAGGAACGAGCGGUGAAACUGUUGGAGAUGCCACCGCCGAAGAUAAAUUUGUCACGAGUACGAUUAAAUUAUCCGCGCAAGUGGCAAGAGUUGGAGCUCAGAAAAGAAUUGCCGCCGAUCGAUUCCGGUACUCGAUUCUUCUGCUUCCUAUACGUUCGCCCGUACCACGUAUCGAUCGUCGCGCGAGCGACUGAAAUAAUUCGUCUUUUAGAUUCGAUGUCGGUUAACACGAUCGCUUUGGAGGAGAUGUGCAUAAGGGACGAUACUUCCGAAGGGACGUCCAACAGGGAGGCUGCCGUUGCCGUUUCGACGAGCGAUCCGAAACGAUCGACGAAUCUUCUCUCCGACUACGAGACGAAGGAAAAAGAUACGCGCGAUGCGAAGAGCGCGGAGAGUUUCGCGCUAGCAACGUCUUUGCAAAAGACGCACAGCAAGAAGUCAUUGUCCUUUUCGAGCAACGCCGAAUCGAUCGCGAAACGAACGAGCCUCGAGGGAAGGGACGAGCAGAAGCGAUCUACGAUGCGCGCGGAGGAAGAACGUGCGAUCGACUGCGAGUCGAAGAGAAUGAAAUUCGUUCGAAACGACGAAAAGGACGUCGAAGAUUUCGAAUUGCCGCAAACUUCGAAAAGGUCUCCUCCUCGCUACCCACGGGUCAGAAAGAUCGAGAGAGUGCAGUACGGCGUCACGCCUUUGACGAUACGCAAAAACGUGCUCGACGCCUCGAAAUCGUUCGUUUCGAAUAACUUCGAUUGCGAGACGAACGCGAGUCGUGCGACGUCUUUCGCGUUGAACGAAGCGCUGAUGGUCAAAGAUUUGGACGACUCGAGAUCGGCCCUGCUUUCCAUGUACGAUGACAAUUCGAGGAACUUUGAAUUAUCCGAUCGCGCGAAUGCUUCGAACAUGGCCAACACGGAUAUAAAUAUGGAAUCCGUCGAUGAGAAUUGCGAGAAGAUCGAUCGCAAGGAGGACGAGAAGGAAGCGUCGCCGCAAGUAACUCCUCGUUUCGAUUUCUCCGAUCUGCUCAAACUGAAGACCGAUAAUAAUUUUCGCAUCUUUUAAUAAAGUACGACGUAAGUAUUCCCUCGGCGGUUUCACAAAGCUCCGACGAUAUUUAACCGAUGAAAGAUGUUAACGAUCGAAACCUAUCGUUACGUUCGAUCAAUGGACGUAACUAGACGGCGUAAAGGAUAUAAAAGAACGUUCAUCGAGUUGGGAGCAAAGUUCUAUUUUUCGUUUUACAACCAUCGCGUAACAUCGAUAUCGUCUGCAAUUUUACUCGUAUCGUUAUAAAGUUAGUUAACGGUAUCGAAUAACAUUGGAGCAAAGCAUUAUGAUCGCGUAGCGAGCCCGCCAAAGAGUCCCUGUGCGAGCACCGACCGUAUUGAAUUUCGCGCAUCGCGCGGCAUUGAGUAACGCGAUAUAUCUUAUGUAAACUUUGAUACAACUCGACGUACAAACGAUACGUAUUUUAGGGUGCGUUCGCUACUCGUCGAAAUAUAAAAACUGUUGGUACCGCUGGAUCGAAAUCGAUACCAAAUUGGCGGUAGACAUUAAUUAAUGCGAUCAAAGGUUUUGUUUUUGAGCGGACUGGGAAUCAACGCUUCGUUAAAAGAUCGAUCGUUGCGAGGACGCGUAAGCCGACGAACCUAGGCGAACGAACCAUUUUCCUUUUAUUUCUCUCUUUCUCUUUGUUUUUCCCUUUCUUCCUUGCAGAAGCUAGUACGACACGAGAGAGGCGAACGAGCAAGUUCUUUUGAGCGAUGUUCUCCGAGUCGGAAGCGAUCGAUUUAAUCGAGUCGAUGAAACCAGCGUCGGAUGGCAGCGCCUGUCCUCGUCGAAGGGAAGCUACGCGCGAGCCUUCGUUCACUUUUUUCUCAUCUUUCCUAUCGGCCGCAAAAUCUCUUAGCACUCCGUUGCGCUCCUUCGAUUGUAACGGAUACGACGAAUUUCGCCAUGUUGCGCGGAAAGUACAUUCGUUCGAGCGCGAAUCGUCGCGUAGCAUUUAACUUUGGUAUUUUCCCGUUUCAAGACCCGUACACCGCGCGGACAUUGGCUCUCGAAACGAAAGCUGACCGCGUUACAUCGUCCGGCUGAGAUCUCUGUUAAAGCACCGGACUAAACCCCGUUCGUCGGAAAGUUAGCGACUGCUGCGGCGAUUAAAAUAUAGCAGACGUACGAGCGGCAGAGGAUAUUCCAGGCAGCGUCGCAUAAAGUUUGCGGCAAUAUCCGAAGGUUAGCUCCCGGCGAUGUCUCUGGAAAACGUGACGUUAUCUCUGCGCGUAGCAGCGCGUAAACAAUUUCAGACCUUCCUGAAAUAUUCAAAUAGCGUAGUCGAGUAUGACGAAUGCGGCUCGUAGCGAGAAAGCUAUCGAGUAGGGAGAUACUCGCGCGUGUAGAUUUUUCGAAAGGAUCGCAAACUCGAUGCAGGGAUUAGCGACGUAACGCAAGAGCUCGGCUAUAAUUUAAGUUAAUUGCAGGGCGCACAGACGUGUAUUCCCACUCGGGGACAAUCCGCUUUCGCAAGGGGAACGUAACGAACAUCCUAGGGAAAGCCUGCGGAUUAGACCUAGGUACGAGCGACGUUGCCGAGGGUCGCCGCUGCGGCACUCGGUGCUGCGAAAGCUCGCCUCGAACGCUACUCGAACGUAUUUCGGUGGUAGGUUUUAUUGCCCGUACGACGCCGAAGGAACGCUGCUGCCUCUUGGUACGUAGUAAGCGAGCUCCUAGGACCCUGAGACUCGUGAAUUUUCCUACCAAAUCCUUCCUACGAGGCAUCCUCCAGCUUUCGCGCGAAAGCGUUUUCCGAACGACGAUCGAUACGUUUUCGCAACGACGAACGCACCUAUCUCGCACCUCCCAGGUGUCCGCGGCUGUACGAGCAUUUUCGUCGGGGACGAAUAUAGCCCUGUUUCCGAAGCUUCCCUCACUUCCUUAGCUACUAGAUCCCCGUUAUUACCGAACCUAUCAUUAUUAGUAAAAUCUCUACUCGACUUUAUCGAUCCGUUAUUUUCGUCGAAGAGGACGUAGUUGGUUUAGGCCGGAGAUUAAGUUUCGGAAAGUUUCGGAAACGAGGAUCGGUGCACCGAAGCGUGCGAGCAUUGUUAACGGUAGACAUUGUUUAAGGUUGCGCCGCGCACUGGAAUAAAAAGGUGCCCCGAGGAGAUCCGACGGGAGAACGGAUUCGGGAGAGCCGAAAAGACGACGAAAGCCUCGGUCAAACCGGCCCCAUUUUAUCACGAUCUGUCGAUAACACGGGCACUCGAGCAAAGAAAACGUCCGUCGUCUUUUACAAAUAGGUCGAUUCCGUGCUUAGGACGGCGAACGGUCCGGUCCAGAAAGGUGGAACGAGAUUAAGAGCGUCGCGGGCGAGAGAACAAAAAAUUUGUCAUAUUUAUCUUCGCCGCCACCGCCGCCGCCGCCGCCGCCGCUGCUGCGUCUUCUUUCCUCCGAAAAGUGCUCCAAACCAUCGAAAUACGAUCGGCUUCAUUUUUCUUUCUCAAUUAAGCGCGCGGAAGCGGAAAAAUAUUCGUUCGACGAAUCGAUGUCCUUUCGGACAGCCGCGUUUCUACUUCGUAGGCGAGAGCACAACAAUCCCAUUAGCGUCGUCGGUGCAUUACUACAGGGACGCGUCGCUCGUCCAGAAACCGCGAGCGGAGGUUAAAUCGCGUGGAACCUCGUUUCACAACGGGCUGCAGAUUCGAAUUAUUUACGGUAAAUGGUAGAACGAUGUUACCGAACGAAUUCGCUUUGUUCGAUCGCGUCUAUACGGAACGAGCAGGACGAGAAACGACAAAGUUAAACGCAAAAACUCGUCGGUUAGGCUCCCCGAGUAAGAAAAUCUUAACGCGCGAGGCCGCUUUAUUAUCGCGUGCUCGCCCGACUCGGCCGUAUUUAAAUAAACCCGAAAUAUUUUCUAUCGGGAAAGUUUCGAAGCGAGGGAGGAGCAUCGAAUUGCGAUACGUGGAAGAUCGCCGAUAUCAAAUGUAUCGACAAUUGCGGCUUUGUAAUAAAUGAUUAAUAAAAGGAAGGUCCCGUAAAUUUCUACGUCGUCGAAUUCGUUUCGUCGGAAUUUAUAUCGGUUCAAAGCCGCGAAUCAUAAAUGGAAUUCUCAUUAACGGGGAAAACGGCGAACGCAGUUCCGUGGCAAAAUUCACAUUGCCAUUCGUUAAUUGUCAUUAUCAACGUCAUUAUCGUUAUCGUCGAAAUUGAAACUUCCGUAUCGCGUAGCACCGGCUCGAAUCUCGGCUGUCCGUAUUAAGACCGAUGGGGAUGAUAAAUUAAAAGGGACGAUAUCUCGUUCCAAGACCUUUUACGGAUGUAUAAUCGUUAUCCUGGCAGUAAACGUCGUUAAACGACGACGAUAAAUGCGUAAAGCAAUUACUCGGUUCGAUCGUUUACGUAAAUAAUGGAGAAAGUUGAAAAGUUCCCGGUAGGCUUACGACUAGGCGCUACGCCUCCCUCCCUUUCUUUCCAUCCCACUUGAAAACGAAGGAUCGAACGGAAUAUGAAGGAACGUAAAGGCUUCGGUACUCGUGCGCCCUUGCGAAAUCGAUGAACGCAUGAAUAUUAAAGCGUUCGCGUUGCCGCGGCACGUUAGCAUAAAUCGAUAACUUCGCACAACGUUGCUUUUUCUUUUCUUCCCUUUUCGAAGGGAGGAGAAAGGAAAGGACGGUCGUUGCGUCCUCGAUAUUAGGCCGGGCACCGAUAACGUUUCGAAGGGAUUACUCACGCGAGCACUGACGGACCUCGUCGCUUCCGUCCCCGCAGUCGUCGACGACGUUGCAAACCUUGUUCAACGCGACGCAAUGGCCGUUGUUGCAUUGAAAUUCGCUUCGCCGGCAGGAAAGGACCGCCGUCGCCAUUAGAACGCAGGAACAGAUCAGCCACUGCACGUCUGAAAGGAAAAUAUGAUUUGUAACGAUCGUGACAAUUUCUCACCAACGUGGACAAGAUUUGCGUUUAACGACCGUACUCUAACAGCCGACCGACGAAAAGAAAGCUCCUGGCCGGCUGCUCACGCGUUCGUUUCGUACGAGCGUUAUCGCAUUGUUCGAAUCCACGAGUGCCACUCCACCUUUCAUUUCACGUCCGUCGUCCCCAGCCUCUUCGACUGGCUAGACGUUACAUCCCCGCGGGAAGAAAUUACACGACCUCGUUCGGACCUUUCUACUUCGAUAGGCCCUUGCGCCCGCGAACUCUUUCUCCGUUCUCGCUUAUCGUAUCUCUAGGUGCGUUUCGCCGUUCGUCGGAACGUUGCUCGAGAUCAAGCGAUCGAUCGAGUUUCCCACGAAUCGCGAAAUCAAAUUCGCGAGUAGAACGGAUCGUCGUCAGUCACUUUCGAUCGAUCGCUUCGCAGGAUCGCUUUGUAUGCCGCGAGGAUUCCGAGCGAGCGCUCGGCUCGGUAAGAUCGAAGAUUCGACGAAUCUUUUCGAUCGACCGAACGAAUACGGCGGAUGUAACGCGCGUUGACAGGAGGCGAACGUUGCCACCAGGACCUUCUCGUGGAACAUAUCGACCUCGAUUCGUAUCGCGUUAACGGCGCCGAUAAAUUCGACGUAGCCGUUAUUACCGUGACCGGUAAUAAGUCACGAGACGAACGGUAAUAAGCGGUGUCGCGUAUGCCAUUCAACUCCGAAACGUCGAUGCUCGUUCACGUUCUACCGGAUUCUCUUUCGGUAGUUCGCCAUUCGGUUCGCCAUUUAGCACGCCGGUUACGUAUCGAAAUAAACCCGGAACCUUUCGUUGCGUCUCGUUUUAUAUUUUCUACGGUAUUAAUGCGAUAUCUCGAUAUCGUUCCAUCGGCGAGGAGCGCUAUCUUCUCUCCGAGGAGGAUUUAGGUCCGAAACGUUUAAAGUUGCCACCGGAGCGCAACCAGAAGAAUCGACUUUCUCUCUUGCCCGCUCUCCUACCCUCCCGUCGUUCGUCGAUCGAUUAAUUGCACCAUCCGUUAAUUGCCCGUUCGUUUGCCGAACGCACCGACGCCGACCAUCGAUAUGAUAGCGAGCACGUUCGAAAACAAAAAUCGAGUCGACCUUGUCGGAGAGAAAUCGGUUUUUGCCCGACGCGAUUUACCGAACGCCUAAUAAACAAAUAGUCCUUCUCGGAAAUUUCGUCUCGUAUUUCGCGAUCCGUGUCGCAAAAAAAAAGAAAACAAACAAACAAAAGAUAAAAAAAGGAAAUAGAUCAGCGGAAUCCGACCGAUUCCAUUUAAAGUUGCGAUCGAGUCGACUCGCCGCUAUAUCCAUCUGGCUCCGCGUAUUCGUACGCGCGUGCACGUACGUGUAAGAAUUCGGCCGGCUCGACGACAACGCGCCCGUCUCUCUUAUUUCCCAAAAGACUCCGUUUGCUCUCCGAGGAGUAAGGGAGAAGGAACGAAGAAAAAAAAAAUAAAUAAAUACAAAUAUCACAUAAACCGAGUACGAGCCAAUAUUUGUUGUUUUCUCGAUAAGAGAGACGAACGCGGUACUGGAAGGAAC